AUGGAUUCACAAAACCAGCAGCAAACUUCAGAUGAACUUCAGGAGCGACUUCAGGCUUUGACAGAAGAAAAUAUUCAGCUGCAGGACAAAAAUGAACGCCUCUUCACUAAAGUGGGCUACCUAGAGAGCAGACUGGGCUACCUGGCCAACUCUAAUACAGACCUGUCUGGCAGGCUGGUACAGAGUGAGGAGGACAAACUGAAGAUCUCUAAGGAGCUUGUUGAGGAGAAACUUCAGACAAACAAGAUAAGAGGGAAGUUUGAGGAAGAGACAUUUCAACUGAAAAACCAGAUAUUGGACCAGGCUGGUGCGAUAACAGAGCUUGAGAUGGAGCGAGACAAGUUGCUCAGGGAACUCCACGCAGCUGAGGCUCGUCUGAGAGCUGGAGAAGAGAGUGGCAAAGACCUGACUGAGGUGCAUGCUGCACUGAAGAAGAACUACCUGGCUCUGUCUGAGGCCCAUCAUAAAGAGCUCGCUCAGAGUGAAGAGCUGAGUGCUGAGCUGCUGGCCCUGGCCCAGGCCCAGGACGCCCUCCGCAGGCAGCUGGGGGAACAGCAGCAGAGUGUUAAGACCGCCACCCAGGGCCUGCAUGGAGAAUUGGACAGGGUGCGGACAUUGAUCAGCCGCAUGUCACAUAAUAGAGUCAAGCUUGAGGAUCUGGCAGCUCUGAAUAUGGAGCAGAAAAUGAUGGAAAAAACUCUGCUUGGAAACCAAGACAAGAUCAAAGACAUGCUGGAAGAAAUGAAGAAGAGCUACGAGGAGCAGCAGAAGAAACUGGAGGAGAAAGUGGUAGCAAUGGGUAAAGAGCAGCAGGAGAACAAGAGAGCGAUCCGUAACAGCCAGCACAAACUGUCCGAGCAGAGCGUGGCCCUGAUGCUCUCUCACAGCCAAGUGAAGGAGGUAGAGGAAGAGAACUCACAGCUGCAGCUACAAGUCAAAGAGCUUACCGAGGAAUACCGCGCGAGGCUUGUGUGCUAUUUGCAGGACUUAGCUGAAUACAUUGAUGUCCUUGGGGAAGGUAAACACCGUGCAGAGCCUGUUAAGAUGAGGGCCUUUAUAGAUAGCAUGCUGCAGGAUGUCCGUUCAUCUCACAGAGUCAGGGAGGAACAGCUCGCCUCUGCUGCCCGCUCCUACAAGAAAAGACUGCAGAAGAUAACAAAAACCCAUCAUGCUCUCUUUAUUGCAUACAGCAUUCAGAGGGAGAGGAUCAUGCUCAAACCCGAGAGCGGUCUUGACCCUGGACCCCCUGAAUCCCACUUCAGUCUGGGGCCCGCUGAGCUCAGAGAUGAAACAGAGAAGGAGCUUCAGCAGCUCAGUGAGGACAAGGCGAGACAGAAGGCACCCCAGGAGCAGGUGCCUGUCCUCAAAAUGCCUCUUACAAAUGAUAGCUGUCAGGAGUGAAUAUGCGAGGAAUCCUGGUCAGAUGUACGGAAACAGCUGAAGCAGAUUACAGACUCCACAUUAGUGAGCUUGGAGAAGGAACGUGCCCUCCUCAUCACCAGAGCAGCAGCUGCGGAGGCGCAGGUAUCAGAGCUGCAGGAUUACAUCAACAAACAGCUGUGCAGGUAUGAAAAGGAGAUCUCACAUUUCUGCAGUCUGCAUGGGAAACAGGAGGCGGGGCGCUCCAGUAGGGGUGCUGCUCUUGCUGGAGGUUUUCUCUAUGAAAGGCCUCAAAGAAAGCCGGCCUUGAGAAAAAAAUGCCUGGAAUGUUUGCAAAGCUUAUGUCAAUUUCACGAGCUGGAGAGAAGAAAGCACGGCGACAAUGAGGGGUCAGCCUGGUGAGAAUAAUGUCAUUACAUGUUACCCAGACACGUACACGCCUGUGAAUACUUCCCCUCAAUGCACUGCUGAGAACUAUGGCGCAAACAAGCCAGGCUUUUUGCAGAAUGAGGGUUCAUAUUUAUAACCUCAGGGUGUGAAUAGGCAGCUACUCCCUUUA